CAUGAAAGAGAGAGGGCCAGUUGAAGUAAUAUAAAAGUGGACAGUUCUCAAAAUUUAAAUCAGUACUGAAAGCCAGUCUGAAGUAAGACAUCUACUCGUUAAAAACCCACAGAACCUUCAGCAUGAAGCUGUUAAUCUUCCUUUUUGCAAUCUUUGUGUUGGUUGCCGCCGACUGGAAACCGAGAAGCAGGGAACAGUAUAACAAAGACGGUGAUGAGUGCUUUAAAUCUGAGAAUAUUUCCGAACGUGCUAUUCAUGGAAUCAGAAAACAUGUGUUUACCGACGAGUCCAAAUGCUUUUUCCGGUGUGUCCUAAUGAAAAACAAUGUCUGGGAUGAUACUACAGGAUGCAAUGUGGAGAGGGUAUAUAAGGAAGUCACUCACAUUGGACUAAAGGCAUCAAAGGACGGUUUGACCCAGUGCAAUAGUGAUGACAAGAAGGAUAAGGAUCCUUGCCAAUGGGUCAACAAUAUUGUGAGAUGUGUCUUUGAACACAAUUAUAUCGAACCAAAUUAUUAGACAGGGCAAGUCGUGUUCAUAUUUUGAAGAACCAACUGUGUAUGUGCAUUUCUAUAAUUGUGUCUCUGCAAUAAAGUUUAGCUAAAGAUACCAUACUGAAGCUAAAUUACUCUAAACACCAAA